AUGCCUUCCGCAUCUUUUUCAUCGGCUUCAAUCCGUAAAAUUCAUUCACUCAUUGAGAAUAAGAAGAGAAAACACAAUGAGGAACAAAUAACAACGCAGAAAAAUAAUGAAAUGGUGGUUGAUUCCGAUGAAGAGGGAGAAGAUACUCGCCGCCGCAUGAUGAUGAUUUCAUCCACGACACCACAAAAAUCUUUGGAAGCAUCUACCAAGAAGAGAAAGAUUCAAGAGCCUUCUCCAAAGAAGCAACAACAAAAUCAACCACAAAAAACGAAUGUAGACCAAAGUAAACCAAAUAAUAAUAAUAGAAAAACAUCCCAAUUUAGUGCUAUGAGUUCCUCGAAUCACAGCACCAAUAGCAACCAUAACAACAACACAACCAACAAACAAAAAAAGAAUGAUCAUGGAAGUGCACUUUCGAGUCUUCAACAAGAAUUUCAAGACAAGCUCAAAUCUUCAAAAUUCCGAUUCCUUAAUGAAAAGCUCUAUACGACGACUGGUCAUCAAGCUAAAGCACUCUUUGAAAAAGAUCCUUCUCUGUUCACACUCUAUCAUGAAGGAUAUAAACAAUCAAUGGAAAAGUGGCCCUUCCAACCUGUCAAGAAUAUGAUCAAAUUUUUAAACAGCAAACCAAUAUCGUGGGUGGUGGCUGACAUGGGUUGUGGAGAAGCUGAAAUUGCAAAGAAUGCAAAACAAAAGACGAUACAUUCAUUUGAUUUGGUUGCAACCAACGACAAGGUUACAGCUUGUGACAUGAGAAAGACGCCUCUCUCAGACGAGACUGUAGAUUGUGUCAUUUUCUCAUUAUCACUCAUGGGUACUAAUUUUUUCGAUUAUCUGAGAGAAGCCUCAAGAAUUUGUAAAUUAGGUGGAUGUUUGCGGGUAGCUGAAUUGGAGUCACGAUUUCUUGGCGAAUCAAACAACGCUAGUGAUUCUGGAAAACUCAAUGAUUCGUCAGUGAUGGCUGAUGAAGACGAAGAAUCUGUGACAUCUGCUGCCAAAUCUCCUCGAAAAAAGGUGAACCCUUUUGCUAAAUUUGUGUCAGUAGUGGAACAUUUUGGCUUUAAAUUGGAUAAGCAAUCACAACCUAAUGGAUAUUUUGUUGUCUUUGAGUUUAACAAAGUGAAACUUUGGUCUGAAAUUUCUAAAAUUAAGGAUCCAGCUGUGAAGAAUGUAGAAGUGCUCAAGCCUUGCCUUUACAAGAAGAGAUAA